GCUCGCGCCGCCGUUCGCCAAGUCGCCCAGGACGGGCGGCGAUCGGGGCCCUCGCCAUGCUGUUCCGCUUCGGCGUGGUGGUGCCGCCCUCGGUGGCCGGCGCGCGGCUCGAGCUGCUGCUCGUCGGGUCGCGGCCCGAGUUGGGGCGCUGGGAGCCGCGCGGAGCCGUGCGUCUCAGGCCCGCGGGCACGGCCGCGCUGGCGCUGCAGGAGCCCGGCCUGUGGCUCGCCGAGGUGGAGUUGGCGCCCGACAACGAGGCGGCGGCGGCGGCCGGCGAGGACACGGGCCGCGUCGACACGUUCUGGUACAAGUUCCUGCAGCGCGAGCCCGGAGGCGAGCUGCGCUGGGAAGGAAAUGGACCUCACCAUGACCGUUGCUGUACAUAUAAUGAAAACAACUUGGUGGAUGGUGUUUACUGUCUCCCAGUAGGACAUUGGAUUGAGGCCACCGGGCACACCAACGAAAUCAAGCACACAACAGACUUCUAUUUUAAUAUCGCAGGCCACCAAGCCAUGCAUUAUUCAAGAAUUUUACCAAAUAUCUGGCUGGGGAGCUGCCCUCGCCAGCUGGAACAUGUGACCAUCAAACUGAAGCAUGAACUGGGGAUUACAGCUGUCAUGAAUUUCCAGACUGAAUGGGAUAUCAUCCAGAAUUCGUCAGGCUGUAACCGCUACCCUGAACCCAUGACUCCAGACACUAUGAUGAAGCUGUACAAGGAAGAAGGCUUGGCCUACAUCUGGAUGCCCACACCAGACAUGAGCACUGAGGGCCGAGUGCAGAUGCUGCCACAGGCUGUGUGCCUCCUGCAUGCCCUUCUGGAGAAUGGACACACUGUGUAUGUCCACUGCAACGCUGGGGUGGGCCGCUCCACAGCUGCAGUGUGCGGCUGGCUCCACUACGUGAUUGGCUGGAGUCUGCGGAAGGUGCAGUACUUCAUCAUGGCCAAGAGGCCUGCGGUCUACAUUGAUGAAGACGCCUUGGCCCGGGCACAGGAAGACUUUUUCCAGAAGUUUGGGAAGGUGCACUCUUCUAUAUGCAGCGUAUAGGUGACCAACCUGCAAGUUGUGUGGUUAGUGGAAGACCUAUAGACAAAGACCGUUUCAGAACAGAGGGGACUGUAACCUCAGGUCACCUGGAGAUAGCUUCUGUUACAGUGUGGUAGGGCUUUUUGAAUCUUUCUCAUGUGGCAUGCAGUUUCUUUAUAAAAUAUUUCAAAGGUGUCAUCUGGGCAGUACAAUGUAUGCCCACAGUUGCUGCCGCAACAGGCCAGGGUCUUUGGUUACAGGCCCUGCAUAGGUUGUUAUGGAUCUGUGAUGUUUUGGCAUGCAUAAGACAAGAGAGGGAUUUUAUCACAACUGUGAGUGAGGCACACACACACCACACACACACAAACACACACACACGGCAUGUGCACAUAUACACAAACACAUGCAGUUUUUUUUUUUUACUCAACUGAAAUUGUAGUCAUUUUCUGGUGGAAGGGGUAAUUAUAUAAACCUUAGUAUGACACAGAAAGAGAUCUCCAUGGGCAUAAAACAGUGGUUUUCUGUAAUUUUCUUCAUCCCAUUUCAGUGCUGUUAGCAUCUCCGAGACACCAUCCUCCUUAUUUCCUGUCUUCCCCACAGGAGUACUUAGCCCACUGUUUUUUCUUUAAGUAUAUAUUUUUUAUUUUAUAGAUAUAUUUUUUAGUAUAUACGUAUACAGAUGUACCAGGCUUUGCUACCCCUGGAACUGGAGUCUCAAAUGGUUGUGAAGCACCAUGUGGGUGAUGGGAACUGAACCCAGAUUCCUGCAACAGCGAUAGCUCUUAAUCUCUGAGCCAUCUCUCCAGCCCCCCUUUCUCUUGUCUUUUAAUUGCUAUUUUCCCCCUCAAGGCAGAGUUUGUAGUACUCAGUGUAUCACAACACACAAAGGCACACAAAGGUUAGUCUUUAACUCAUGGUAAACAUCCUGCCUCAGUCUCCCAAGAACUGUGCAUAGUCUCCCAUACACAGCACCACCAUUUUUCAGUGUAGGUUUAUUGAGCAUAACUGGUUUGCUCCAGUCUCAUGGUGAAGUUUGUAAUUCAACUUAUUUGUUUCAGUGUUCUUUUCACUGUGAUUAGUUUUUCAGCAGACUGUCAUGGAUGUAGUUUCAUCUCUCUCAGGGUAAAGUUGCUACCCCUGUGGUUGUUUCUACAGUGAGAAAAGGGGCAGUGUUCUGAUCACCUGCCAGAGAAUUUAGAAAAACCAUUUUAUUCUCCUUAGCCUCCGUUAAUCUAUGGUAUGUGAUCACAAGGCCAAUUUAUAUGAACCAUAGUUCGUGAGUGGAAGGAGCCUGAGGAGACCAUGUCCUGAGAUUAGUGUUGUACAGCUAGGGGCUGACAUUGGUUCAAUACUCAAUUCAGUAUAACACUCAUUGCUGUUCCUCCCAAACCUGUGGUUUAUUCCAUUACAUUUUAUCAGAAGUGUAAAUAUCAGCAAAACUUUGUCUUUCAGUAUAUACAAUCUACAAACAGAUCUGUCUUUCAUCCUCUGGAAGACAGUCCCCAAGGACCACUGACAUUUUAGGACACAGAAGGGGCCUUACCUCUAGUUGAGUGCCACUGUGUGCCGGUUGCUUUCCUAUGUCUAAUGCCAUCACAGUUCACUCUGGGAAGGGUCAUUGUCUCUGUUCAGAUGGGGGAAGUGAGGCCCAGAGAGGUGAAAGAAUGUGUCCAUUGUCUUUGUCAUUGAUAGAGGCCACAAGAUGAGAUGCAAAGCUAGGUUCAUCUCUCAGAUCGCACACUGUCAAGAUGUGUUUCUUUCAUUUCAUAAGCAUGUGUUCAUAAGCAGAGAUGAUGAUUUGCAAGGCAUUUUAUAAGCAUGUGCUCAUAGGUAGCGAGGUAGUGAUUUGGGAGGCAGAGGGGACAAGAAGGCCACAGCCCGGGUUCCAGUCGUGCUCAGAAUAGGGAGCCAUGUUUCUGCAUGAUGGCACCCAGAGGAGGUAGCAUAGGAGAGAGAGAUGUUUCAACAUGACAGCAAGACUCCCAGGGGAGGUGGCAUUUGCUUUGGACAGAGUACUCUACAAGAAACUUUUCUCCUAUAAUUACAAAGUUGAGUCUAUAAACCAGCAUCGAGUGAUGUUCAGUCUCUUCUACAAAAUAUAGUUAGAUGUAGCUCUUUUGACUAAGAACCAAUUUCUUAUGUCAUAUGUAUUAUGUACAAUUUCAUUUUUAAUGAAAUAUUUAAACUAAUAUAAUAGUGUGUGUGUGUGUGUGUGUGUGUGUGUUGUGUGUGACUUCAUGUCUCGAGAAACCCAGCUAUACAAGUUCCACUGUAA